GCAAUAGCCUGAGAAAAAUAGAUGGAGGGGAAUCGGCCUUGAGAACCCUAAUUCUCCGGCCACUUCCCCUACGAUUCCACAUCCAUCCUCUUUCCCGGUCUACUCUCCGGCGGCUUCACUCUCUGUGACGCCCCCCUUAUCCCGGCGGAUUGCUCGACGGAACCGCCGUUGGAUCUAUACGCGUUAUACUUAAACAUCUCCACCUCAGUGUAUCGCCUUCCAAAACCUAGAAGAAUUCCGAAGAAGACCGGCGAGAGCGACCUCGAAUCCUAGAAGCUGAGAUCUAUCUCUCUCUCUCUUUCUUGCUGAUUCGAAGCCCUAGAGGGCUUGAAGAAGAUCCCUAGAGAUUGCCUGAAACCUUAGAGGAGGCGGAGGGGGAGAAGGAAAAAGGCGGGCAAGAUGAGGAUUAUGAUCAAGGGAGGCGUGUGGAAGAACACGGAGGAUGAGAUCCUUAAGGCCGCGGUGAUGAAAUAUGGGAAGAACCAGUGGGCACGAAUCUCCUCGCUCCUCGUUCGCAAGUCAGCGAAGCAGUGCAAGGCCCGGUGGUACGAGUGGCUCGAUCCAUCCAUCAAGAAGACUGAGUGGACCAGGGAAGAAGAUGAGAAGUUGCUCCAUCUUGCUAAACUUAUGCCUACUCAAUGGAGAACGAUUGCACCGAUCGUCGGCCGGACGCCAUCUCAAUGCCUCGAGCGCUAUGAGAAGCUUCUUGAUGCAGCCUGUGCCAAGGAUGAGAACUAUGAACCAAGUGAUGACCCACGAAAGUUGCGUCCGGGAGAGAUCGAUCCCAAUCCUGAGUCUAAACCUGCGCGUCCUGAUCCUGUUGACAUGGAUGAAGAUGAAAAGGAAAUGCUUUCAGAAGCACGGGCUCGAUUGGCCAACACCAGGGGCAAGAAGGCAAAGAGGAAGGCGAGGGAGAAACAGCUUGAGGAAGCAAGGAGGCUUGCAUCCUUGCAGAAGAGGAGAGAAUUGAAGGCAGCUGGCAUUGAUACGAGGCACAGGAAGAGGAAGAGGAAAGGGAUCGAUUAUAAUGCAGAAAUACCUUUUGAAAAAAGACCUCCACCAGGGUUUUUUGAUGUUUUAGGUGAGGAGAGGCCUGUGGAACAGCCUAAGUUUCCGACAACCAUUGAGGAACUGGAAGGAAAGAGGAGGGUUGAUAUGGAGGCCCAAUUAAGAAAGCAGGACAUUGCAAGGAACAAAAUUGCACAAAGGCAAGAUGCUCCUGCUGCAAUUCUGCAAGCAAACAAACUCAAUGACCCGGAAGCAGUUAGGAAGAGGUCAAAACUGAUGCUUCCAGCUCCUCAGAUUUCGGAUCAAGAAUUGGAAGAGAUAGCAAAGAUGGGUUAUGCAAGUGACCUUGUCUUAGCAAACGAGGAACUCGCUGAAGGAAGUGGUGCUACGCGUGCUCUUCUAGCACAUUACUCUCAGACUCCAAGACAAGGAAUGACACCCUUGCGAACCCCACAGAGAACUCCAGCCGGGAAAGGUGAUGCUAUUAUGAUGGAAGCUGAAAAUCUGGCACGAUUAAGAGAGUCGCAGACACCUCUUUUGGGUGGGGAGAAUCCUGAGUUGCACCCAUCAGAUUUUUCAGGUGUUACUCCAAGGAAAAGGGAGAUACAGACUCCAAAUCCAAUGGCAACUCCUCUGGCAACUCCUGGUGCAGCAGGUCUUACCCCUAUAAUCGGCAUGACUCCUUCAAGAGAUACAUAUUCUCUUGGUGCAACACCUAAAGGGACUCCUUUCCGUGAUGAGCUUCACAUAAACGAAGACAUGGAAAUGCAGGAUAGUGCUAAGCUUGAACUCCGCAGGCAGGCUGAGUUGAGAAAAACCUUGCGUUCUGGUUUAACUAAUCUUCCACAGCCUAGGAAUGAGUAUCAGAUAGUUAUUCAACCGAUUUCAGAGGAAACUGAGGAAACUGAGGAAAAGAUUGAAGAGGAUAUGUCAGAUAGAAUAGCUAGAGAGAAGGCACAGGAACAAGCAAGGCAGGAAGCCUUACUGAGGAAGAGAUCUAAAGUGCUUCAGAGGGAGCUCCCUAGGCCUCCUGCUGCUUCAAUGGAACUUAUUAGGAAUUCUUUGAUGAGCAGUGAUGAAGAUAAGAGCUCUUUUGUUCCGCCUACUUUGUUUGAGCAGGCGGAUGAAAUGAUAAAUAAGGAGCUUCUUGCAUUACUAGAACAUGAUAAUGCUAAAUAUCCACUUGACGAAAAACAGGAGAAGGAAAAAAAGAAGGGGGCCAAGCGAGCGGCAAAUGGGAAAGCUAAGCCUGUGCCUGAAAUAGAAAAUUCUGAUGAGGCUGAACUGAAAGAGGCUGAUUCUUUGAUCAAGGAAGAGGUUGAGUUUCUUCGCGUGGCAAUGGGGCAUGACAAUGAGUCUCUUGAUGACUUUGUCAAAGCACGUGAUGCAUGUGAGGAAGAUCUUAUGUACUUCCCUGCUCGUAAUAGUUAUGGUCUUGCUAGCGUUGCUGGCAACAGUGAAAAACUUACUUCUUUACAACAUGAGUUUGAGAUCAUGAAGAAGAGAAUGGAUGAUGAAGCAAAAAAGGCAACACGACUUGAACAGAAGGUUAAGCUUCUCACACAGGGAUAUCAGACAAGGGCUGGAAAAUUAUGGUCACAGAUAGAGGCCACAUAUAAGCAAAUGGAGACCGCUGCUACAGAACUUGAAUGCUUCCAAGUUUUACAAAAGCAAGAACACUUAGCAGCUUCAUACAGAGUUAGUAGCAUAUUUGAAGAAGUCAACAAACAGAAAGCAUUUGAGCAGAGCCUCCAACAACGUUAUGGGGAUCUCUUAGCUGAGCAGGAUGGAAUUCAAAGGCUAGUGGAAGAGCACAAAGUACAAUUACGGUUGCAGGAAGAAAUUGCUGCAAAGAAUCGUGCACUUGAGGAAGAAAUUGCAGCAAGGAAUCGUGCCCUUGAGGAAGAAGCUGCAGCAAAAAAUAAUACCCUGGGUGAAGACUUGGCAGAAAAGAACCAUCAUGUGGAUAUAGUUCAGUUGGUUGAUGUUUAUAGGCCAGCUUCAGGAUUGAAUCAGAUUGAUGUGCCAAAUGCAGAUCAUACUGAAACCAGCUCUUCGUGUGAAGCACCUAUACCUCCAAUACCAAGUAGCCAGUUAUAUGCAGAAGUUUUAUCUGAGAAAGAAGAUGCUUUUGAAGGUCAAGCUGCCCAAAGUGCAAUUGUUAUUGAAGAGGGUCUCAAUGUUGGUGAAGAGCAGAUUUCUGUUGUUGACAAGAAUGUGGAAUUAUCGGGUGGUGUUGCUGGACUUCUUAAUGAAGAAAAAAAGAUGGUUGGCAAUAUGAUUAAUGCACCUGCUCCAGUUCAAGAUCAAAUAGGUGGCAUGCAGGAAACAACAGUUGUCUAUUCAGAUAGUCAGGUUGCUUCUGCACCAGUUAUACAAUCUAAUAUAUCUCAACAAACCGUGGAUCCAUCUGCAUCCUCUGACUCGGCUGUUCAGAUAACCGGUGGUUUUGGCAAUGGGAUGACCGUUUCAUAUUCAGAUGGCUUGGAUAAUAUGGUGGUGGAUUCAGCUGAUCAAGUGAUGGAUUGUGGCCUGGUUGGAUGUUCCAAUAUUUCAAGACAAGCUGUUCUUCCUGUUGAGUCUGGAAAUGCUGAUCCUAGGUCUGCUGAGCAGCUUGGUGGUGAUUCAAGCAAUCAAGUGGUUGCUUCUAGUGCACUGUGCUCUGAAGAAAAGAUACUUCAUGAUUUUUCUAAUCAGACAACAGUUAGUUCAGCAGACUGCAUGGUUGCCAAUACAGAUGGUGGAAUCAUUAGCCUGACCAAUGUCUCGGUUCCAGAUAGCACAGAGAAUUCAAUGGUUAAAUCAGACGAUAAGGCAGAAAGGGGAAUGACAAGUGACAGUUCCAGUCAAACUGUUUAGUUAAUAUGCAAGCAUUCCAGUUGUAGAUUCUGUAAGGACGGAUACGAGGUUUAAAUCCUGAAUGCUUUUGAUGUGAAAAAUAGGGAUCAUUCUGACUUUUUCACCUUGAUGGUGAACUUUGCAAUGUUGGAACUGGCAACUUAAUUGUUUAAAGCAGUCAAGAGGAUUGUUGGAUAUUUAAAUUUUGGAGAUUCUGUCCCGGUUGGGUAUUCUGAGAUUGAGUUGGAAAAAACAGCUAUUUGUUUCUACAGAAAAUUGAGGAUUUAUUGUUGGCUUGUUGCAGACAUGUGGUCAUACCAAUGCUGGAGCCUGGAGGCGACAAUGCCAAUGCUCUCAAAUGCUGAUGAGCUCCAUUUUUUGGUGGCUGGCGGCAACAUGUCAAGUCUUCUGUGAUCGUGGCUUUGAUCUCAUGGUCCUAACGUGCUUUUGUCAGGCUAAUGUUUGUAAUCUGACAUUCUGCAAGGACAAUGGUGAGAUUCAAACUUUUGACAGUUCUUAUUUUGCUUUGCAUUCUCUUAUGAUCAUAUCCUCAAUUGCAUAUUGUUUCACUCAUUUUUGAAUAAUGCUAUUGAGGGUCAAUCCACUGUCACUGCAAGCUACAAUUGAUCCUUCUCUGGGCUGAGCGAUGCAACCAUGUCUUUUACAGGAUGCCGUGAUUUAAACUCAAGCUUCAUCUCCAUCCAAAUAUUGACCAAUAUGGUGAUCUUUGUUACAGUUGUUUAGACCAGUAAUCUUAUUGCCUCGGUGUUUGUGCAACAACUGUCAGCAGUCGUGUAUUGUUUGAAUCCUGGAUGAACAAUCUAAUUUGAUGCUGGUCCAAUGCUUCAGUCGGAGCAUAUGGGUCUUGACUAUACUUUUUCCAGUUUAUUUUGUUGUGACUGUGUUCAGGUAUUAUGAACAUAUUGUGAGCUAUUCUCUUCAACACUUGUUUCA